AUGCCAGGUUGGGUUAAAUAUAAUGAACCUCUUAUCGCAUCAGAAAGAUAUGAAGAAAGAUAUGUAAAACCUUUAUCUAAAGAAAAUGAUAUUUAUAUAGGUUCGCGUUGGGGAACGGAAAAAACAUAUGCUAUAGAAAAUUUAAAUAUUCCAGAAAAUACAAGCUUACUCGUAGCAUCGACUCGACACACAUAUUCAGAUACUAUUACUAGCAGGCUCAAUCUCAAAUCAUAUUGUAAUAUCGAUGGACCUAUAAAUCUGAGAGAGCAUCAAAGGGUAGUAUGUCAGGUAGAAAGUUUACAUCGCAUUACUAAUAAAUAUAAAUGUGAUAAAAAAUGUAGGUCUUUAGACCAUGCUUCACAUAAAUGUCCUCCAAAUCCUUACAUUCUAGUAUUAGAUGAGAUUGUAUCAAUAAUCUUGCAAACACAAACUCGUUUAAGUGGUUUGUCUAUAUCUCUUGCCAAUUUCUCAGAAUUAAUUACUCAGGCAGAAAGAGUUAUUGUACUAGAUAAUGAUCUCACUGACCUUAAUAUUGAAUAG